GUGGCCUCACUGGUUCUUAAAGCAGUGUUAAAACAGACAGUGUCCAUCCGGAUUUGCGUCCUUUUUGAUUUUGCUCUGCUCAGCAGCCAAUGUGAGGCUGCAGCUAUUCCUCCAUCAGCUUUUAGUUAUCAGACAAUCACCCCUGACUGGCUGCAGUUCAGAUGUUGGGAGACAAGGCUCACGGUGUGACUUUGAAGGUUAUGGAAUACACAUAUGAUGAUGACCUUGAAGAGAUGUGUCCUGUGUGUGGAGACAAAGUGUCUGGAUACCACUACGGUCUGCUCACCUGUGAGAGCUGCAAGGGCUUCUUUAAGAGGACGGUGCAGAAUAACAAGAGGUACACAUGUGCGGAAAACCAAGAGUGUAAAAUAGACAAGACCCAGAGGAAGAGAUGUCCUUUCUGUCGCUUCCAGAAAUGCCUCAACGUCGGGAUGCGGCUAGAAGCGGUGCGAGCAGACCGCAUGCGUGGGGGGAGGAAUAAAUUUGGCCCCAUGUACAAGAGAGACAGGGCCUUGAAGCAACAGAAGAAGGCUUUGAUACGAUCCAAUGGGUUCAAGCUGGAAACCCCAGCUCCUCCACCAGCCUCUCCGUUGCAGACUGACUAUGGCUUCACCGGCACCCUACACACGCUGCCCACCAUUUCCAAAAAUCUGCUCCCCUCCACCCCGAGCUCUAUCACCCAGACAGACUACGAGGCCAACCUCUACGGACCCCCAUCCUUAGGCAUGGCCAUGCAGUCCCACAUGCCAAUCACUAGCCAGUACCAGUACACAGCCUUCCCUGGCAGGGCAAUUAAAGCUGAGUGUCCUGACUACACCAGCUCACCUGAGUCUCUGACAGUAUACCCCUACCCAGACAUGUACCCCUCAGCCUCGCCACAGCCGCCCAGCCUGCCACCACUGGUGCUGGAGCUGCUGCGCUGUGAUCCGGAUGAACUGGUGGUGCAGAAUAAGAUUGUUGCUCAUCUGCAGCAGGAGCAGAGCGGUCGGGGCCGGCUGGACAAGCCCAGCACCUUCAGUCUAAUGUGCCGCAUGGCAGACCAGACUCUCUUCUCCAUAGUGGAGUGGGCUCGAAGCUGCAUCUUCUUCAAGGAGCUGAGGGUGGGAGAUCAAAUGAAGCUGCUCCAUAACAGCUGGUCAGAACUUCUGGUCCUGGAUCACAUUUUCAGACAAGUGCAACAUGGAAAGGAAGACAGUAUCCUGCUGGUGACCGGCCAGGAGGUGGAGCUGUCAUCCAUCCUGUCCCAGGCUGAGGUCACUCUGUCCAGUUUGGUGCAGAGAGGUCAGGAGCUGGCGGCGAGGUUGCGGGUGCUGCAGGUUGACCGCAGAGAGAUCGCCUGCCUGAAAUUCCUCCUCCUGUUCAACCCCAAUGUGAAGCUGCUGGAGAACCAAGCAUUUGUGGAGGGCGUUCAGGAGCAGGUGAAUGCAGCUCUGCUGGAGUACACUCUGUCCACCUACCCUCAGUUCCAGGAGAAGUUCAGCCAGCUGGUGAUGCGGCUGCCAGAGCUGCGCUCCCUCAGCACGCAGGCCGAGGACUACCUGUGCUACAUGCAUCUGAGUGGAGAGGUGCCCUGCAACAACCUGCUCAUUGAGAUGCUGCAUGCCAAACGAGCGUGAGUGUGAGGGAUGUGCGCAGAAGGCUCCACCGUCGUGUGUUGUUUGUGUAAGUGAGUCUGAGUGUGUAAGGGAGCGUGUGAGUGAGGUGAAAAAAAAUCUAAAGAAGAUACACAGGUUCAUACUGGGUCAUCUUUGUGAGGGUUUUUGAUUGAGUUGAGUUGAGUCGGGGAGGAGAAAAUGUUCUUUUGAGUUUGGAAUUAUAAAGUUCCAUCUGUACUCAAUGCAGUUGGGCUAUUUUAAAUGUUAAUGUUUUUAUAUCCUUGAGCGCUUCAUUAACGUGACCUUUGUAAACUGGAUUUUCUUCCCUGUUUUCAAAAAACGUAAAAAUAGCCUGUAGAGUUACAUUCAAUUCUCUUUGACCAAAUAUUGAGCAUUCCAAUGGCACCAACACGAUUCCCUAUGUCCCACAGCUGCCCAGCAAACAUUUAAACUCAGAGGAAGAGGGCGCAGCAUGCACCAGAGCUGAACAGCCGUCAAAUCAUGGUGUCUGUCCACAGCUGCUACCUGGAUCAUAUAGUGACAUCCUCAUCUAGAAAAUUAAACCAGUUUCCAGUGCUACAGGUUUUUAUUGUGUGAUUGGGUGCUGGGUGAGCUGCUGGUUAUCUGUCGCGAAACAAGAUGGGACUAUUUGUAUGAAAACAUCCGAUGGUUGCUGGGGGAGCUAACGUGCACUUUGUAAGGCAGAUUUUGUAGCCUUUUUUCAGCAAUCUGAUUUCAGGGUUAAAUCAAUCUCUUUUGAUCCAAACGUCAGAUGCAACUUUAUGAUUCCAAGAUCAGCAAUGUUGUUCCCAGAUUAUUAUUAUUAGAUAAUUAUUUAGAUGCAGACAGACUUUAAGGUAGUUUUAAACACUGUGGUCUUGUCAGACUAGAUUAGAACUGCUCUUAUCUCUGCACUUGUUCUUUUAGUCACCAACCUUACAAAAAAAUAAAAGUAAUGGUGUUCAGUAUAGUUUUACUUUAAUCUAUUUAGAUGUUAAUACAUUGGUAUAUCAAAGUUUAAUUAUUCAUGAAACUCUGAAACAAAGAGGGAGAGGGACACAGGCAGAGAAAGGAGAAGGUAAAUGGAGAAAGUGUACACAGUAUACACUGCUUCGUGGGUGAAAAAAUAAAGAGCAAGGAGAGGAGGGAGAAAAGACAUAUCAGUGUGCUAAUGGUAAGAGAGAGAUGAAUGAAAAUGACAGCAUUUUUAUAAAACAGAAAACGGGGGACAGCAAAAGGAAGCAUCACUGAGUGUUCAGCACAGACGAUGCAGGGAGGGAAAUUAUGCAUUUGGCAACAUUUGAGUUCAAGUUUCUUUUCAAAAUGUCUUUUAUUUAGUCCAUAUGUCAAGAAACAGGCCCUCAAAAAGAAAGGUUUCGUUUGUGUCACUUUUCAACACACUGACUCACAACUGACUGAUCAAUGGUGCUGCCACUGGGACAGUUGUAAGAGCACACAAUGAAAAAGAUCAAAUUUUCUGAACAUAUACUUAAUGUAACUAAUGUGCUUAUAUUUCCUUAUUGUGAUCCAAUCUUCCCUGCCCUGUGUUUGACUGUCAGCCAAGUCCACUGGUUCAUGCUGAAGACAUAAACCAUUAGAAACUUGUCACUGGUAUAUUUUAAAAAGCUCAGUCCGUCCCUGAAACAACUGGACACUGUUGUUUUCAUCAAAUGUCUCUUGUUGGGCACUAUUUGUAAUUUCACUUUUCAAUGUUGGCAUUUAUAGUAAAUGUUGACAGCAGCAAAACUCGCUGCAUGCUAGCAGUGAAUGACAGUCAUUGUAUUCUGGUCUAUACAAAGCAAAGGAUGCUGGUUAACUUCAGGUUACUAAAACUCUUUGGUCAAGUUUAGGGGAGAUCAGGAUUAUGAUUUAAUACAAAGACAUUAAACAUAUGUCAUCUCUCUCAUCUUCUUGACUUUCUCAAUAUUAAACCCAAGAUCUGUCCCUGCAGCUGUGCUGUGAGAGGCCUAAACAGAACCACAAAGGCAUUAAUCAUGUUUGGUUGCCAAAAGCAAAUAUUGUAGGAAGAUAAAUAAAAUAUGCUGACAAUGUACUUUGCUGAUAUAUUUAAUAUGAAUAUUUUAUUUAAAAGAUUGUUCCUUCUUAUGUUAAUUAAACCCAUAAUUUUGGUGGUAUUUCAUUCCAAAUGUAUGUGCUGUUGCAAUAUAAACUUAACUCGUUCAGUGAAUUUGUGUCCAUUUCUGCUAGAAAGCGGGGGUUAGUUUAAUAGUAGGAACGACACAUCCGUCCUGAUGACAUCAUUAUUACUUCAUGUGGAAGUAGCGUUUGCCAGGAGCAGAACAUUUACAUCGAAAAGUGCCCGUUUUUUUCGCAUUUCUUAUUUUUGUGCCACUGAUCCAAUCUCGUCACCAUUUUUUGUUUCUUGUGCAUGCAGCCAAGCUAUUUGAAUCACCACAGAGAUGAAAGAUGAACACUGUGAUCCAGUUUAGGAGACAGUAUUUAAUACACAUCAUGUUCUAUUUUUAAAAAGUAAAGUGUUCAAUCCAUAAUUCUGUUCUUGUCAGGGUGAUCAUCAUUGGCCACUGAACAGUCACUGACAUAUUCCUGCAUAGUGUAUAGACUUUCAACAGAAUAUCCUAUCGGGCACUGUACAGUGUAUCUGUAGCAGUCAGUGUUCAUCUGUGGCACUUGCUGUGUUGAAAAGAAGCACUGUGUAUUUCGUCCCCAGAUGUGUUUAACCCUGUUUGAAAGCAUGUCUGUCAGCGAUGAUGACAAUGUAACUGAUAUUCACUGUCAGUGUAACCAGCACCACCUGAGAAACAAAGACACCGUUCACCCAGUGUUUGUAAGAUUGUGCAGCUAAACUUUCUCACUGUGGACAUUUAAAAACAUUCCGUGCUCAUCCAUCGCCGUGGCACAUUUCAAGGUGUCGUAGACAAUCACUCCACCUGCCUUAACUUAAUGUUUAAGAUACGCACACACACACACACACACACACACACACACACCAGGGUUUUCCAGUUGAGAGAGCUGUGUAAUCACUCUGUACAGUAUAUUUAUGUUGUGAAGUGAAUAUCUACUGCAAGAUGAAGAUACAUUUCAACACAAAAAGUUCUCCACUUUAUGUCGAGGUCAAAAUGCUACUGUGGUGGAACUGAUUCUCUUGAUAUUGCCUUUG